AAGAUCCGUCCUGGAUUUAAGUCUGGGAUCCGUAAGGCUGAAACAGCACCCUUAUUGGGAGGACAUGGGAAAGCUACCUGCUCUACCACGUCUUGCCCAGGCCCACCCCAGGAAGGGGACAUCUUUUAAGCUCCUGGAUGCCAUAGACCCUGGUUUCAUUACUGUCAAACCCUCUACCUUCUCAUUUAACUCUCAUAGCUAAUAUUUUGUUAUCCAGAUGAGGUCAUUACUCAAAAAGAGCAAGAAAUUUGUCCAAGCUCAACCAGAAUAGAACUGGAACCGCAGCAGCAGUAGGUGAGGAGAGUGCCACUUUCCCAUCCUCCAUUCCGGGAAGACUCAAUGCAAUAAUCGCAUAUUUGAGGAAUCUUUGAGAAGUUCAUGGGACGUGGCUCUGGCUCCGUUGCCCAGACACGUAAAGGCGGGAGAGCUGGUGUGGAGGCCGUCUCGGCACGCGUGCCUGCACAGGGAUGGAUUCUUCCUUGUCUUCGGCCGUGGCAGGUUUGGGCGCAGUGGACCCACAGCUGCAGCACUUCAUCCAGGUCGAGACCCAGAAGCAGCGCUUCCAGCAGCUGGUGCACCAGAUGACCGAGCUUUGCUGGGAGAAGUGCGUGGACAAGCCUGGGCCGAGGCUGGACAGUCGGGCCGAGGCCUGCUUUGUGAACUGCGUGGAGCGCUUCAUUGAUACAAGCCAGUUCAUCUUGAACCGACUGGAGCAGACGCAGAAAGCCAAGCCAGUCUUCUCAGAAAACCUUUCUGACUAACAGCAUUACCUCUUUGGGAAGGAAGGGUAGUUCAGGCAUGAAGAGCCGUCGAAGGGAUGAUUGAGUAAGCACAAUGGGGAGCUUGGUUUCCAGUCUUUGUCAUGCUUUCAACAUCUUGUCAUUGAAGAGGAACAAAGACCAGUCAUUUUGUUUGCUGGAUUUGUAGCUCAUGUGUAAUUGGUUGUGCUUUUUUACCGUAUUUGUGUGAAAUAAUUGAGUGGGAAACUCAGAUGUUUGUUACUGUAUUGGGGGCUGUGUUUUUCUCAGUGUCCCCUUUAGUACUUGUUACAAUUUGACAGUGAAACAAUUUUUCUAUAGUUUGAUAGUAAAAACAAAAUCUCA